CCCCCGCCCCCCGCCGCAGCCGCGGGCGCACUCGCGGGUCGCAGUGAAAAGGCGGAGGCGGCGGCCGCUCCGGCUCCGCUCCGGUUCCCAGUGCCUCCUUCGCCGCACCCGCCAAACUUGAUGUGACCCCAACCCGACGCGGCGGCUGCCUUUCACCGCCCCUCGCAGCCCCCACCGCCACCCCGCCCUGCGGCCCCGGAGCGCACCGCUCACCGCGCCCCUUCCCACCUCCUCGCUGGGGCCGGGCGCCGCGCUCGCCCUCUGCGUUCCCUUCUCCUCGCCACCCCCACCCCACCCCCCGCACCAUGAGCAACCUGAAGCCGGACGGCGAACACAGCACCAGCACGGACACCAGCACCGUCACGGGCUCGGGCUCCGGCGGCACCCUGGAGGAGGAGGUCCGGACACUGUUUGUCAGUGGCCUCCCUGUGGACAUCAAACCCAGAGAACUCUACCUGCUCUUCAGGCCAUUCAAGGGGUAUGAAGGGUCCCUGAUCAAGCUCACAUCGAGACAGCCUGUUGGUUUUGUGAUCUUUGACAGCCGGGCAGGAGCAGAAGCAGCCAAGAAUGCGUUGAAUGGUAUUCGCUUUGAUCCUGAGAACCCGCAGACCCUGAGGCUAGAGUUUGCCAAAGCCAACACCAAGAUGGCCAAGAAUAAGCUAAUGGCUACACCAAAUCCUACCAACACUCACCCCGCCCUAGGAGCACACUUCAUCGCUCGGGACCCCUAUGACCUGAUGGGGGCCGCUCUGAUCCCUGCAUCCCCCGAGGCCUGGGCCCCCUACCCUCUGUACACCACAGAGCUGACCCCAGUAAUCUCACAUGCUGCAUUCACAUACCCAGCUGCCACUGCUGCUGCCGCCGCCACCCUCCAUACUCAGGUGCGCUGGUACCCUUCCUCUGAUACCACCCAGCAAGGAUGGAAAUAUCGCCAGUUCUGUUAGUUCUUCCGUAAGUGCUGGCCCGGAGGGCUGGGACUGAGAGUGGCCUAGAGCUUGGCUUCCGCAGGGUCGUGGUUCCUCUGCCCGAGUCCAGGACCUGCUGGUGCUACUCCCCCGCCCGAGCUUGUGCCUGGGGCACUCUGGCUGGUUUGCCCCGUCUCCUCCCAUCCUGCAGCCUCCUCACCAGGGGAGGACCUGGGUUCGACUCCAGUCCAGCCCCACCCCUCAGCUCAUGGCCUCUCUCCCCUCCCUCCAGGCCUUGUCACCACAGCUGGGGAGGAAGCCACCCUUAAACUCCCACUGCCCCCAGGCGGCCGUGCAGAGAUGCUGCUUCCCGCCAAAGACUGUGAAUUUUAAGCCUGACUCAGUGGACUCUUUCCUGUUCCCUUUCUCUCCUCUUCCUCAGCCCAUCCUGCCCCAGAGCCCCUCUCCAAGGCCUCGCAGCAGGAUUCCGGGGCCUUCUCGCUGGGACACCCUGGCCCAGCUCAGAGGCCUCGUUGGGACUGAGCAAGGCCCGACCUCCAGGCCAAAUUUGCUUCCAUAGCUCCACCUCAGAGCAACGAGGCAUUUAAUUUUGCAUGUUUUCUGGCAUGAAUUAAGACACUUCAACUUGUGUAUAUGUGAGUGUACAGUUUGUUCUCACAUUGUGUCACCAUAGCAACAGAUCCUGACCACUAUGGUUCAUCAUCCCCCGCCCCCUCCCCACACCCCUCCCAGGCACCCACCCUGCUUCAGUGAGGACCAAGCCCUGCAGCCCGGCCCGCCCACCCCCCACCCCACCCCACCCUUCCAGGCUGAACAGGAAGGACCACCCAGCCGAGAGAGAGCAUUUUUUUUGUGGUCAUUUCAAAUUGGGGUCCUCUGCUUCCUCCUCCUCAGAUGGGCCCAUUUUGCUUACGUCCACGCUGCACCCCCGCCCCCUGCCAUGACUCCUCAUUCUUUCCAAACUUCAAAACCAACCAAAAAGUUAAAGUAUUUUUGUACCCUGUGUAACAAAAUAUUUAUGCAUCAUAAAGGAUUUUUUCGUGUGUGUGUGCGAUUAAUUAUUGAAGAGACCUUGUCUGCCCUGUCAGUUAAGUUUAACGUUUAGUUGGAGGCAUGAAGAAGAAAAGGGUUUCCGUUCUCUAGCAGUGAGCCUUAGCGUCAGCUGUUAGUUUAGGGAAAAUGAAGGAAAAAUUGUGCAAUUUUUUUGUUUUGUGAGCACAUCGGUGCUGUGCCUUGGACCGCAGCUGGGGCUGUCUUGCCGUUUUCAGACUUGGGAGACGAGGUGGCUGUUGUAAUUGCCGAUCCUGUGAGAAUGUGAAACUGGAUAAUAUAUGAAAUGCAAAAUAAAAAAAUUAUGCAAAGUAA